AUGGUCUUUGAAAGAGUAAAGCAACCGCCCUCCCAGGCUAGAGACUCCCAGGAAACCCAAAUGCAUCCAUUUGACCCGCUUUCCACAUCUGAGAUUGAUGCAGCCGUUGCCAUAGUCAGAGAGGCUCAUGAUGGACCUCUCAAAUUCAAUACUGUUACCUUAUCGGAGCCACGAAAAGCCCAGAUGAUGGCAUGGCUUGAGGACCCUGGCAACUCUCCUAGACCACAUAGAGCCGCAGAAGUCGUUGCUAUUACCCCUGAUGGGAAACUCUAUGAUGGAAUAGUUGAUCUAACUACCAACGCAAUCGUUGAAUGGACUCUGGUGAAAGGCGUUCAGCCAUUGGUAACGAUGGAAGACUUACAAUUUGUCGAACAUAUGGCCAGAAAGGAUGAGGAUAUCAUUAAACAGUGUGAGGCAAUAGGUAUACCCAGAGAAGAUAUGCAUAGAGUGUAUUGUGACCCGUGGACUAUUGGAUACGAUGAAAGGUUCGGCAACAGUGACCGUCUCCAGCAAGCACUAAUGUACUACCGGCCCGAAAUUGAUGACUGUCAGUAUGCCUACCCCCUGGAUUUUUGUCCCAUUUUCAACCCUAAUACCAUGAAAUUCAUCCACAUUGAUGUCCCGGCCAUCCGUCGACAUGUGAGCAAAGCGCCACCGCCAAAUUACCACCCCAAAGCGAUAGAAAAAGAGGGAGGGUACAGGAAAGAUCUUAAACCUAUACACAUCACUCAACCGGACGGUGUUUCAUUUAAGGUUGAGGGCCGUCACAUAGAAUGGCAAAACUGGAAGUUUCACGUUGGUUUCAAUCACCGAGAGGGAAUCGUACUUCACAAUAUCACCUUCAACGACAAAGGAGAGUGUAGGCCAGUUUUUUACCGUUUGUCUCUUGCAGAGAUGGUUGUUCCUUAUGGAAAUCCGGAGCAUCCUCACCAGCGAAAACACGCCUUUGAUAUAGGAGAGUACGGAGCUGGAUAUUUAACGAACAGUCUCAACCUAGGCUGUGACUGCAAAGGUACCAUACACUAUAUGGAUGCAGCAUUUGUCAAUGCUGCAGGCGCAAGCACACUUAUCAAGAAUGCCAUUUGUAUUCACGAAGAGGAUGCUGGAAUUCUGUUCAAACACACUGAUUUUAGGGAUAACUCUACCAUUAUCACUAGGAGUCAGAAGUUGGUCGUAUCCCAUAUAUUCACCGCCGCCAACUAUGAAUAUUGUGUGUACUGGAUAUUCCAUCAAGACGGUACUAUCCAACUGGAAAUAAAACUUACUGGAAUCUUGAAUACCUAUGCUAUGAACCCUGACGAGGAUACCAAAGGCUGGGGCACCGAAGUAUACCCUGGUGUAAAUGCACACAAUCAUCAACAUCUAUUUUGCCUACGUAUAGAUCCAAAUAUCGAUGGGCCAAAUAACACCGUUUUCCAAGUUGACGCUGUCCGUGGCCCAGGUGAAAUUGGAAGUCCCCAGAACAAAUAUGGAAACGCCUUUUAUGCCAAAAGGACAAAAUAUUGUACACCACCUGAGUCCGUUGCAGACUACGACGGAUCAUCAAGCCGUACCUGGGAAAUAUCCAACAUCAACAAAUUAAAUAAAUAUAGUAAAAUGCCCGUAAGUUACAAAUUAGUAAGUAGGGAAGUGCCUUCUCUUCUCCCAAAGGAAGGAAGUCUGGUCUGGAAACGAGCUGGAUUUGCUAGACAUGCUAUUCACGUUACCAAGUAUUCGGAUGACCAAAUUUACCCCGCUGGACGGCAUGUCCCUCAAACUUCGGGCGAACCGUCUCAUGGCCUUCCGGCCUGGAUCUCAGGCACAGCAAAUCAGUCCAUCGACAAUACUGAUAUAGUUGUCUGGCACACAUUUGGAAUAGCACACUUUCCUUCACCAGAAGACUUCCCGAUCAUGCCAGUCGAACCUGUAUCUCUACUCCUCCGGCCUCGGAAUUUUUUUGAUCGUAACCCUGCUCUUGACGUAAAGCCGAACUACUCUUUGACACCAAGCCAGGUAAAAGAGGGAUCCAACCCAGAAGUGCUCCAGGAUGAAUCGAGCAAGGCCGUUUAG